CAGCAAACUAUACUUAAUUUUACCAUAAUACCCUUAGCUUCUUCCUCCUAGAAUCUUCACAAUUUCAUUCUCCAUUAAUCACUCCUAGAAUCCCUAGGGUUUGCUUUUACCUUCUUCCGACAAUCAGACUCACGAAAGGAACAACAAUCGGAGAAGAGAUCACAAAGGGGAAGAUGAGUUACGAAUGUAACGGAGAUGGCGUCGCUGUAGCCACCGAUGACAACAACAACAACGAGGAUUUCAUAGCUCUGGAAAGCUCGCCUUUUAAGCCUCUUGGUGGCGAAGACGGCCACGAAGACUCUAAGUCUCGGGAUUCUCAUGAUAUUGAAAAGGAAUCCUCAAGAAGCAGGGAGAAAGACGGAGACAAUGAUCGACAUCGUGAGAAAGACCGUGAAAGGGAGAAGAGCAGAGAUAGAGAUAGGGAGAAGAGCAGAGAUAGAGAUAGAGAGAAGAGCAGAGAUAGAGAUAGGGAACGAGAUCGACAUCGUAGGGAUCGUCAUAGGGACCGUAGCAGGGAACGUGAGAGGGAUGACGUGGAUGAUGAUGAUCAUCGCAGAAGUCGAGACCGUGACAGGAGGAGGUCUCGCGAUCGUGAGAGAGAGGAGAGACACAGGCGCCGUUCACGCUCUCGUUCAAGGAGCCGCUCUGAACGUAGGUCAAGAUCAGAACAUAGGCACAAGUCUGAACAUAGAUCACGUUCACGCUCACGGUCACGGUCACGCUCAAAGAGCAAGAGGAAAAGUGGAUUUGAUAUGGCGCCCCCUUCUUCUGCAAUGUUAGCUGCUACUGCUGUUGCUGCAGCAGGUAUAUGCUUCGACAUCUACUCAACGUCAUUAUAUUUCUUAACUGCUUGUUGUUUUUGAUUUUACGUAGUUUGGAAAGAUCAUAAUCAAUUACACGGUGUGAAUUUGUAAGAAGGCUAUGUUGGGUUAGUUGCCCCACUGUGCUGACAAUGAGCCGACCUCUCUAGCUUUAAUUGUACAAAGGAGGAAUCAGUGCAACGGUUGUCAUGGGUCAGGUUCCUACUUUGCCAACUACUGCUACUAUUCCAGGGAUGUUCCCCAACAUAUUCUCAAUGGUCCCUGGUCAGCAACCGGGUGCGCUACCUGUAAUGCCAAUUCAGGCAAUGACUCAGCAGGCAACGAGGCAUGCUCGGCGAGUUUAUGUUGGUGGUCUUCCACCAACUGCAAAUGAACAGUCGGUGGCAACAUUCUUUAGCCAAGUGAUGUCAGCCAUUGGUGGAAACACUGCUGGGCCAGGUGAUGCCGUGGUCAAUGUUUAUAUAAACCAUGAGAAGAAGUUUGCUUUUGUAGAGAUGAGAUCUGUUGAGGAGGCUAGUAACGCAAUGGCAUUAGACGGCAUUAUAUUAGAGGGAGUUCCUGUGAAGGUGAGGAGGCCAACUGACUAUAACCCCUCACUUGCCGCAGCUCUCGGUCCGAGCCAGCCUAAUCCUAAUCUCAACUUGGCGGCUGUUGGAUUGUCUUCAGGGUCUACCGGUGGGCUUGAGGGUCCCGACCGCAUUUUUGUGGGCGGGCUUCCUUAUUACUUCACAGAGGAACAGAUCAGAGAGCUCUUGGAGUCUUUUGGGCCCCUAAGAGGUUUCAACUUGGUUAAAGACAGAGAAACUGGAAACUCGAAGGGAUACGCGUUUUGUGUCUACCAAGAUCCUUCAGUAACAGAUAUCGCAUGUGCGGCUCUAAACGGGAUUAAGAUGGGAGAUAAGACACUUACAGUUAGGCGUGCGAUUCAGGGUACGAUUCAACCUAAACCUGAGCAAGAAGAAAUAUUGCUUCACGCCCAGCAGCAGAUUGCUUUGCAGAGACUUAUGCUACAACCAGGAGGCACUCCCACCAAGAUUGUCUGUUUGACUCAAGUGGUUACAGCUGAUGAUCUUGGAGACGAUGAAGAAUAUGAAGACAUAAUGGAUGACAUGAGACAAGAAGGUGGAAAAUUCGGUAACUUGGUGAAUGUUGUGAUUCCGAGGCCUAAUCCGGAUCAUGAUCCAACACCAGGAGUUGGCAAGGUUUUCUUAGAGUAUGCUGAUGUGGAAGACUCAGCAAAGGCUAGAUCGGGGAUGAACGGAAGAAAGUUUGGAGGAAACCAAGUGGUUGCUGUGUAUUACCCCGAGAACAAGUAUGCACAAGGCGACUAUGAAGGCUGAUGUUUCUUUUACUUUUGGACCUCUUAGCAAUAAGGUUUGAAUCUUUUAGUUUGUCUCUACUAAAUAUGACUGUAGUAGUAUCAAACUAUCAAUCUAGUAGUAAUUGUCGAGGCACACUUUCAUUAAAACACUUAAGUUAUAAAUUUAUUAUUGUCCUUCCUUCUACCGGUUAGAAAUACCAAACAACAUCAGAUUAUGUACGAAA